AUGACCGAUGUCACAAUGGUGAUUCCACCAAUAGUCUACAGAAACUCGCUGACCGUACCACCGACCAGUCCCUUCUUUAUCAGUGAUAAUGGAAUGAGCUCCUACCGCGAUGAGCCGCCAUCCUACAGUGACAUUGUGAGCCGUGGUGUUUCUCCAGUCCCAUGCCAACCUAAAAUUGCACUUCCUGAAGUCUAA